CAUCAUCUUAAACAAUCAAUUAAAUCAAAUCAUGUCUGAAGAAACUUUUACUGCUUGGGCCUGUCCUGGAAAGAGCCAACCCCUCCAAAAGAUGGAAGUCAAUUUCUGUACUUGGGAUGAAAACAUGGUUCAAAUGGAUAUCAUCUGCUGUGGUGUCUGUGGUACUGACCUUCAUACUGUUGACGAAGGCUGGGGCCCUACUGAAUUCCCUUGUGUCGUUGGUCACGAAAUCAUUGGCAAGGUUACCAAGGUUGGUAGUAACGUAAAGAAGAUCAAGGUUGGUGAUCGUUGUGGUGUUGGUUGUCAAUCCGCUUCUUGCCACGAAUGUGAUUAUUGUAAGAAGGGUAUGGAAAACUUGUGCUCUGUUCACGCUGUAUGGACCUUCAAUGACCGCUAUGAAAAUGAAAAGCGUGACAAGACUUAUGGCGGUUUCGCUACCAAAUGGAGAGGUCCUCAAGACUUUGUCGUCAAGAUUCCCGAUAACUUCUCAUCUGAAGUUGCCGCUUCUUUUCUUUGCGGCGGUGUCACUACUUAUACUCCUCUUAAGCGUUAUAAUGUUGGUAAGGGCUCCAAGGUUGCCGUCCUCGGUCUCGGUGGUCUCGGUCACUUUGGUGUCCAAUGGGCCAAGGCUAUGGGCGCUGAAGUUGUCGCUUUUGAUGUUAUCCCUGACAAGGUUGAAGAUGCCAAGAAGUUGGGAUGUGAUGGCUAUGUUUUGAUGCAAAACGAAGAUGAAAUCAAACCUCAUUACAACACUUUCACUCACAUCUUGGCUACCAAGAUCGUCAACAAGUGCUGGCCCACCUAUUUCAACAUGCUGAAGAAGAACGGUAUCUUUAUUCUCUGUGAUAUCCCUGAAGUUCCUCUGGAAGGUUUGAAUGCUUUCACCAUGGCCGGUAAGCAAUUGACCAUUGCCAGUUCAUUCAUCGGUUCUCCUUCCGAUAUUCAAGAGUGUCUUGACUUUGCCUCACAACACAAUGUCCGCACUUGGGUCAACACAUUCCCUAUGGACCAGAUCAAUGAGGCUUUCCAAUUUGUCAGAGAAGCCAAGCCUCGUUACAGAGCUGUCGUCAUGAAUUAAUCAUUUUUAGCAUGUUUGUAUUUUAUAUUCUUUAAUAAUAUCCGUCAUUAAAAUAAAUAAAAACUAUAUUGUUUUGUUCACAAUACAUAUUUGUACUAGUCUUUAUCCAUUCUUGAUUGAAUAAGGCAAGUAAAGCUAAUCACGGGUUACAAAUACUGAUAAAAACCCCUACGCUUGUAAAUCAAGGUAUACGGAGCAAUAAAGAAAAAAAAAAAGUAUAUUCGUGACUUUCAGGAAGUCUACUUAAAGAAGAUAAAGCUUAGUUAUGCAAUUGAUGGGAGUAUUUCCAUAUAGAAAGUAAUACGAACAACUUAUAAACUAUUGAAUUAUAAAUGGAGCAGCUUCAAAGCCCACCAGAUCACGUCGAUAUAUACCGACUUGUUGUUCCACGUGUUCUUGCGUCAAGAUACGAGGACAGAUCUGAAACGAGCUAUACUUGGAGUAUCUUGGUUGAUGGUAACCAAGCACUUCUUCUUAAGAAUCUUUUAAUCAGUGAC